AAAAACAAUUACAAUAAGAGCUGCAAAUAUAACUCCUUCAAUGAUGAUAACAGAGCUCAUGAAUAGUUCGAAAAUUCUUGAUACAACCCUUAAUACACUAGCAAACCAAGUUCAACCAACAUCCACCCGAUUCGCACCCAAUCUUGAGUCAAUCCAAAAUGCUCUUAAAUACGAUAAAAAGUUGCAUUACCCAAGCAUAUCAGAGCUCGAAAAAGCUGCAGGAACUGUCAUAUCGAAACAAUAUGGCACCAAGAAUACCCAAGAUCCAAAAGAACAAGCUGUGCUCCUUGGCAUCGCGUCCACAAUUAUGCCAGUUCUUUUAACUAAAUAUCCGGACUUCUUAGCUGUAGAUUCUACUGGUCAUCGCAAUUGCUUAAAUUUUCUGAAUACAGCCUUUAUGGUCAGAUCAGAUGAACCUUGUGGUCGAGUUGUUGCUACAUUUGUAAGUGACAAGGAAACAAUACCCAUCAUUGAUCUUAUGUUUGAGUCAGUAAAUAUUUCAGUAUUUUCUUAUAGAUUUUUAUUAGAUAAGAUUAUAAUUCUGGCUGUUUUGAAGUUUAUUCAAUACAGUGUUAAAAAUGGUGUUCAAUUGAAUCCUAAGUGGUUAGCCAUGGACAAAUGGGAUCCUUACCUCGCAGCAGCUAGAAAACACUUUCCUUAUACACAAGUAAUUUUAUGCGAUUGGCAUGAGGCUGAUGCACUUAAGGAAUGGUUUACAAGAAAUUUGAAUGACCAAUGGCUUAGAGAUCGAGUAUUUUACCAAUUCCGAUUUGUUAAAUGGUCUCGAGAUCAAGAAGAAUUUAACCAACGAAAGACUACUCUCAUAGACACGAAGAAUCUUCAAGCUGCACUGGGAUUGCUAAUUUAG